GGGCAGACUCCAAUGAGCAUAGACAAUCCUCCCUUCUCCCUCGCCCUCCCCAUCUAACGUGCACUCCCCAACUCACUUUCCACAACUUCUCAGCUAUUGGAGACAGGGAGAAUGUCCCCUUUCAUCGUUAAAAGUUAACUUUGUCAUUUCUUGUGGCCAUUUAAAAGCUUUGACCUGGUGCUUUAGUCGCUGGUGGCUUUUCAGACCUGCUGUGAUUUGGAUUUACAAACCUUCCUGGAGACUUUAACACUCGCUUCUGGUUUGUUGUGGAUUUUGGGGCAUAUUUGAGUUCAUUGAAUACAUCGUUUUUGGAGAACUUUUUGGAUUUUUGUCUUCGAUGAGGAGUUAACGUCUGCUGAGCCAUACGGGGACUUACAAAGGGAGAACGCCUCGUCUCCGGGAUGGGGUUAACGUUUGGGGUGCUCUUUCUCCUGGGAAUUCUCAGGGCUGUGUUGGCACAGAGUGAUAUCUAUUUCACAAUGAAUCCACUGAAUGUCACCUCCUCACUUGGGAAGGAUAUUGUUCUUCGAUGUACUGUAAGUGGAGAAAUGGAGCCACCUCCAGAUGUGGAAUGGCUGAGGGAUGGACUAACUUUGGCCUUUGCCGACACUAACCAGAUCCAGAUGCCAGAAGAUGAUGACAAAUGGCUGCUCAUCAGUGAAUUGAGUAUUCACUCUCUUGCGCUGUCAGACUCAGGCUGGUAUCAGUGUUCUGUCUCCGAUGGGCAAAAAGCAGUGCUGUCUGAUGCAGCGUUUUUGCAGCUAGAAGGUUUGCCAAUGUUCAUCGAUGAACCAGAGGACAUGCAUGUCUACUCCGAUCUGCACUUUAAUCUGAGCUGUGAUGCUCAUGGACCUCCUGACCCUGUGCGGGUAAUAUGGCUGCAGAAUGGUGCGCCUCUCAACUCUUUGACUGAUGAGCUUGCAUUGACACCUUCAUUGCUUCGAGUGAGAGGUAUGAAUAAAACAUCCCAAUUUUCCUGUGAAGCUCAUAAUGGAAAAGGUGUGACCACAUCCAGGACUGCAACAAUUAAAGUUCUACCAAGGAAACCGGUGGACCUAAAACUGGUGACACAGAAUACAACAGAGCUGGAGAUAUCAUGGCUUCCUGGAGAGAGUGGAGCCCACCAGGUGUAUGUGUGUACAGUGCAGGCUACCACACCUCACAACCAUCUUGGCCUGGUGCCCCACCACAAGAUCUAUAACCAGAACAUCAAUGUGCCCCCUUAUAGCCACGUGAUCAGUGGCCUGGCUCCCUAUACAAUAUAUGAUGUCCGUGUGGCCUGUCUGAACAGUGAAGGGGUGUCCCACUGGACUGAAUGGGUUGCUAUGGAAACCAUGGAAGGAGUUCCAUCUGGUCCACCUGAAAAUGUCACAGCAAUAAAGAAUGAAACUGUUACCGUUGUGACGUGGAGGGAGCCAAGACCCCCCCUAAAUGGUGUAUUGAGAGGGUACAAGCUGGCAUACCAACCAAAGGACCAACCAGAGGUUGUGAUGGAUGCUGGGCUUAACAGUGAGGUGACCUUGGAGAUUGUCCAUGAGGUGCAUAAUCUGACAGUGAGGGUUUCUGCCUAUACAGUUGCUGGUGAUGGCCCAUGGAGUGAUCCUGUUAUUGCCACUUUCAAAAAUGAUGAUGCAUAUUCUCCUCAAGCAGUCAGAGAUAUGGCGUCCUCUGCUUUUUCCUGGCACUGGUGGUAUGUGGUUCUGGUAGUUGCGGUGGCAAUAUUUGGCGCUAUCAUGCUUGCUAUCUUCCUUGCUCGGCUUCGAAGGAAGGAAACCCGAUAUGGAGAGGCCUUUGAACCAACUGUAGAACAAGGAGAAUUUGUUGUCCGAUACCGAGUGAAGAAGUCAUAUAGCCGACGAACCACAGAAGCUACCUUAAACCGGCUUGGAAUCAGUGAUGACCUGAAAGAGAAGCUCCGGGAUGUUAUGGUGGACCGGCACAAACUCACCCUUGGAAAGACCCUGGGAGAAGGAGAGUUUGGUUCGGUCAUGGAGGGUCAACUAAACCAAGAUGACUACAUCCUCAAGGUGGCUGUGAAGACCAUGAAGAUUGCCAUCUGCACCCGCACUGAGAUGGAAGACUUUUUAAGUGAAGCUGUCUGUAUGAAAGAAUUUGAUCACCCCAACGUCAUGCGUCUCCUUGGUGUGUGUCUGCAGAAUACAGAGAAUGAGGGUUACCCGUCUCCGGUGGUCAUUCUGCCAUUCAUGAAGCAUGGAGAUCUGCACAGCUUUCUGCUGUACUCACGGCUGGGUGAUGCCCCACUGUUCCUUCCAACACAGACGCUAGUGAAGUUCAUGACGGAUAUAGCGAGCGGCAUGGAGUACCUGAGCAGCAAGAACUUCAUCCACAGAGACCUGGCGGCCAGAAACUGCAUGUUGAAUGAGAACAUGAAUGUUUGUGUGGCAGACUUCGGCCUGUCUAAGAAAAUCUACAAUGGAGAUUAUUAUCGCCAAGGCCGGAUUGCCAAAAUGCCAGUCAAAUGGAUUGCCAUAGAAAGUCUAGCAGACCGUGUCUACACCACCAAGAGUGAUGUGUGGUCCUUUGGUGUCACCAUGUGGGAGAUUGCCACAAGGGGCCAAACACCUUAUCCUGGGGUGGAGAACAGUGAAAUUUAUGACUACUUAAGACAAGGGAACCGGCUGAAGCAACCUCCGGAUUGCCUGGACGGAUUGUAUGAAUUAAUGUCCAGUUGUUGGCAGCUGAAUUCUAAAGACCGCCCCUUAUUUGAGACCCUUUACAGGGAAUUGGAGAAAAUCCUCAAGAAUUUGCCCCCAGCCAAAGAUCCUGAAGAGAUUCUCUAUGUCAACAUGGAGAAGCCUUAUUCGUCUUCCAUCACUGAAGAUGGGGAACUUGGAGCUGUGGGUGGUCUGGAUGCAAAGGAUUUCGGGGAUGACAUUUUCUCAAAGCCUAGCGCAGUCACUGCAGAGAUUCACCAGCCUGAGAAUACCAACCGUUAUGUUAUGUGCCCAGGACAUGAAGCCACACGUUUGGUUACAACAAUGGAUCAUCCACGCUACAGUUCAACUGUGGAAGAAGGGACAUUGGAAGAGUUAUUGGCUGGUCACGGAUUCAGAUAAUACACUGAAACCUGACAAAGUCUAUUUUUACAAGACUCAGAAUAUUGACGCUAUGUUUCUAACAUCAUUUUCAUGGAGAUUUAGCCUUGUCAUAGAGUACUUACUUUUUAACCAGCCAUCCUCAAUCCACAGAAGCAUUACGUAGCAAAAUGUCACACUGGUCUUCCAACUAUAGUGUCUUUAUAUAACCACUAUUGUCGAAAAAAGGAAAUAUAAUACCUUAAUGGUUUCUACGGACAGAGACAUGCGACCAAAGUCCAAGUGUGACGUCUAUGAUGGUGCUCUCAUGGCAACUCUUUAUAAUGUGGUACGAAGAACCAUGUAAGGGAAUAUGUAUAAAGCUGAAACAAUUAAGAGACUCAAGCAUUCCAUUAAGUUAGUGUUUCAUAAUUCCAGAACUGAAACAAAACAGGUACAGAGCAUUACAAUUUCCAGCACACAAAAAUGAACUGAAUAUCCUCCUAAUGGAGCUUCUGAUUUGGUGAUCCAAAUGGGUUUACCAAUUCAAAGUUGGUAGUGAUUUUUUUAAGGCACUUCAUUGUUGUACCAUUAGUUUUGUGGUGUUCAGUUUCCAUUCAUUUGUUUUGAAGGAAGUAGUUUAGUUUGUGAAUUGGUUGAAAGGCCAAUAUUUCAAAAAAGUGUUUGCCCAGUUAUACAAGUCUACUUAUAGAAGCUUUCCACCGUCAGUUAUUCAAGGCUACAAGGCUGUACAAUCAAUAUUGAAAUCCCAGUUUCCUUAUAAAAACAAAAGUCCUUUCACUGUGUGUGCUUGAUAAAUACGGCAGUUGGAGGGGGGGGGGGUUUAAUUAUUGGGACAAGUACAUGUGUGGCUGUCAGAAAACACCUAGACCGAUCUCUGUUCUUAUGUCAACAUUGAUCAUGUAUAUACCCUUAGCCACAUAAUCUCUGUAGA